AUGUCUAAAUUUCCAGCUGUUUUGAACGCCACAGAGGAGGAUAUUCAACUCCUCCUAGCGGCGCAAUGCCAUAUCGGUGCCAAAAACUUAAAUGUUCAAAUGACCCCUUAUGUCUUCAAGCGUCGUGCUGACGGUGUUCAUAUAAUUAAUAUUGGCAAGACGUGGGAAAAAUUGAUUUUCGCUGCCCGUAUUAUUACUGCCAUUGAAAAUCCCGCCGAUGUAGUAAUAAUUUCAGCUCGUCCAUAUGGUCAGCGUGCUGUAUUAAAAUAUGCUUCGUACACUGGUGCACAGCCUAUUGCCG